AUGCAACACAUCAAGACUGUCCUGCCCCCCUCCCUGGAUCCCUUCCAGUUUGCGUAUCGGCCCAACCGCUCAACCGAUGAUGCUAUCUCCACUGCACUCCACUCAGCACUCACACACCUGGACAAAAAAGACUCAUAUGUUCGAAUGCUGUUCAUAGAUUUCAGUUCAGCAUUCAACACUAUAAUCCCCCAACAGCUCACUCAAAAACUGGUCCAGUUGGGGCUUAACACCUCUCUGUGCAACUGGCUGUUGGAUUUCCUCACCGGAAGACCUCAAGCAGUACGGGUCGGCGGUAAUACAUACAGCACCAUCAUUUUAAACACGGGGGCCCCGCAGGGAUGUGUGCUGAGCCCCCUCCUCUUCACUCUGCUGACCCAUGACUGCACUCCAUCAUACAGCUCCAACCUCUUCAUCAAGUUUGCGGACGACACAACGGUGGUGGGUCUCAUUAGCAACAGGGAUGAGACCGACUACAGAAGUGAGGUGAGACGCCUGGCCACGUGGUGUGUUGACAACAAUCUCUCUCUGAAUGUGGAGAAGACGAAGGAGAUUGUUGUGGACUUCAGGAGAAUGCACACCCAACAUGCUCCUCUGACCAUUGACGGAGCGUCUGUGGAGAGAGUGAGCAGCACUAAGUUCUUGGGUGUGCACAUCACAGAGGAUCUCUCCUGGACGUACAACACCACAGCACUGGCCAAGAAAUCACAGCAGCGUCUCUUCUUUCUCCGCAAACUAAGAAGAGCAGGAGCACCAGCCCCCAUCAUGUACACUUUCUACAGAGGCACCAUCGAGAGCAUCCUGUCGAGCUGCAUCACUGUGUGGUUUGGAGCCUGCAAUGCGUCCUGUCAUAGAACCCUCCAACGCAUAGUGAGAGCUGCAGAGAGGAUCAUUGGUGUCUCUCUCCCCUCCCUCCAGGACAUUUACAGCACCCGUCUCACUAAAAAAGCCCUUUGCAUAGCGGCUGAUCCCACGCACCCAAUGCAAAGCUUCUUCAAGCUGCUGCCGUCAGGGAGGAGACUGCGGAGUCUCCAGGCCAGGACCAGCAGACUGAAGGACAGCUUCAUCCAUCAGGCUGUCAGGAAGCUUAACUCCCUCCCGAUUCUGCCCCCUCUCCCCUCUCUCCUCCACGAAUUGACAAAUAAAGUUGACUUUGACUUUGACUCAUUCCGCUUCCUGGGUACCACCAUCACCCAGGACCUGAAUCCUCAGUCUGAACCCACACAACUCAGAGAAGAAAACACACCUGAAGACAGUCGGGAGAAAUGGGUAAAGAACUUUUCAGACCGGAAUCUCACUGAACCUGAAAAGAGGGUUUUAGCCAAAGGACUCAAUUUCGCCAUUUCUCCGCAACAGUUGCCCAUAGUGGACCUCAUCACAGCCACAGAAACCGCCAUACGGAUUAAUAAAUUAUCACAGACAGAAGCAGAGCAAAUCAGGAUGAAAGUCUCAGCCACCCUCUCCAGUGCGAAAGUCCCUCCCUCUAACCUCACAUUACAAGAAAAGAAGGCCGUCGCUUCCCUGAGCAAAGACCAAAACAUCACUAUAUUACCAGCGGAUAAGGGAAGAUGCACCGUGGUCCUAAACACAACAGAUUACCACACAAAGAUCACUACGCUCCUCAGUGACAACAACACCUACGAAGCUUUAAAGCGAGACCCCACAAGCAGCUACAAAAAGAAAGUUAUAGCUUGCCUUCAAGACCUUGAAAAGGACAAAAUCAUUGACCGCAUUACAUAUCACCGCCUUUACCCAGGGGAUGCCAUACCCUGCAUUUAUGGACUUCCUAAAAUCCACAAGGAAGGGGUCCCUCUCAGACCCAUAGUCAGUAGCAUAAACUCAGCCACUUAUAACAUUGCGAAACACCUUGCUACCAUCCUUGCACCUCUCGUGGGGAACACCCCACACCACAUCAAGAACUCCACCGACUUCACCGACAAGGUCCAGAAACUUACCCUGGAUCCAGAUGAAACCAUGGUGUCCUUUGAUGUAGUCUCUCUCUUCACUUGCAUACCCACUACGGAGGCAGUGGAGACUGUCAGAAAACGUCUACAAGAAGACAGCUCCUUGGAAGACAGGACCAACUUCACACCCGAUCAGAUCUGCACACUGUUAGACCUCUGCCUUACCACAACAUACUUCAAAUACAACGAAGGCUUCUACAGACAAAAACAUGGCUGUGCCAUGGGCUCCCCCAUGUCACCUAUUGUAGCCAACCUUUACAUGGAGGAAGUGGAAAGGAAGGCUCUUGGCUCUUUCAAAGGAAGAGUACCCAGCCACUGGUACAGAUAUGUAGAUGACACCUGGGUCAAAAUCAAGACACAAGAAGUGGAAUCCUUCACUGCUCACAUUAACGCCGUGGAUAAAAACAUCAAGUUCACCAGGGAAGACACAAAGGAUAACUCUUUGCCUUUCCUGGACUGCGCUGUGCAAAUUGAAGAGAAUGGCAACCUCAACAUUGGAGUUUACCGGAAGCCCACACACACGGACCAGUACCUCCUCUUUGACUCCCAUCACCCUCUGGAACACAAACUUGGAGUAAUCAGGACCCUACACCACCGGGCAGAACAUGUUCCCUCUAAGCCUGAGGGAAAAAAGAAGGAACACACACAUGUAAAGGAAGCACUCAAAACAUGCGGCUAUCCUAACUGGGCGUUCAUAAAGUCAGCAAAGAGGCACAGAAAAGAAGAUCAGACACCAGCGAGGGAGGAUAAGAAAGACAGACGCAACAACGUUGUCAUCCCCUAUGUAGCCGGUGUAUCAGAGAAACUCAGGAGAGUUUUCUCCAAGCACGACAUCCCAGUGUACUUCAGACCCAGCAACACACUCAGACAGAAACUGGUUCACCCGAAAGACAAAACUCCAAAACACAGACUUAACAACGUGGUGUAUGCUGUACAGUGCAGCGAGGAAUGCCCAGACCUCUACAUUGGAGAGACCAAACAGCCACUUCACAAGCGCAUGGCACAACAUAGAAGAGCCACCUCCACAGGACAAGACUCAGCAGUCCAUCUGCAUCUAAAGGAUAAAGGUCACUCUUUCGAGGAUGCCAAUGUACACAUAUUGGACAGAGAGGACAGAUGGUUUGAAAGAGGAGUGAAAGAGGCCAUCUAUGUCCACUGUGAGCGACCAUCUUUGAACAGAGGCGGUGGUUUACGACACCAACUGUCUGCCAUCUAUAAUCCAGUUUUGAGUUCCCUCCCCAGACGCCUUAAUGCCCACUCACAUCCUGGGCCAUCUGACCUCAGGAAUUCACAUGACAAGGUGGGGCCAGGUUUCACAAUGAGCUCACCCGAAACCCUGGCUGAUUAGGUCCCACACCCACUUUCACACCUUGGCUCAUGUGAUUAGAGGAUCACCAGGGGGUCCUUUGUCCCUCUUUGGGGGGAUACUCCCACUGGGUUUAAAUCUGGGACUCUCGGCCAUUUGACCUUAGAACUGAAGAAGCUUCUCGGAUGAGAGGUGAAACGUCUUCAAGCAACUUAAAGAAGUCCA